UCAACGCUGUACAUACAACAACGUAGUGCGAUUGAGAGGGGGAGGGGUUUUUUGUUUUGUACGUCGCAGCUAUCCUCGAGUCUUCUCUAUCAUCUCUCAAAUGACGCUCGAGCAACGACCGCGAGCAUUUUAUAUCGCAAGUAGUUCCGAUGUGACAACAAGUUCAUAAGUGUUUUGUAUUGACAUUUAUGAUAUAAUGUGAGGGAAAUUAAUAUUAAUAAUCGUCUUUGGACGGAGGAAGUGUGAGAUCUUUUUUCGUGGGUGGCAGAGAGAUGGGUCAAGGCACUGAGGCUUGCGGAGAUCGACCGAGCGAAGUAAGCGUCAUUAGAUUCGUUUCAAGAAAUCGUACUAUUGAAGAAAUUGCCCCGAAAAAGGAAGUUUACACAUGCAAGCAGCGAGGAUGUGGCAAGAUAUUCACAAAUCAGGAAGAAUACAAAACUCACGAAGCUCUCGAGGCACUGAAAAUCAGAUUUAUAUGUCGGGAGCCAGGAUGCGGGGAAGAGUUGUCAGAUCCAGGAAGUAUGUGGCGUCAUUAUCAAGAACGUCACAACAACGAGACGAAUGGUUUCGUGUGUCCAUACACGAACUGUGGAAGUUUACAUAGUACGACAGAAAUCUUGGAGGAUCACAUAGAGAGUUGUCACAGGCAACCACCGACGUUACCAACUGAACCAGAGAUUAUAUGUUUUGAAGGAAUUGAAAAUUCGAUCGACGAUGAUACGAAUCAGACGGAAGAAGAAUUUUGUUACGAGAUGGAUGCAAAGAAUCAACAAUUGAGUAACGAGAAUUUAAUAACAAGAUCGAACGGUUAUUCAUUGUCGUCGAGCAAUAAUGAUUACGAUACGAAAAUUGUAGAAUAUACGGUCGAAGAUGAGGGGUCGAAUAGAAGUGAGAACAAUACUUAUCAAAAUGACAAUAUAAAUAUUAUCGAGGAACAUAAAAAAAUCACUGCCACUUGCAAAUCCGAUGAAUAUAACAAAGAAACUGAUUUUCAAUCAAGAAAAUCAAUGAAAAAUAAUGAAACUGUCUCGAUAUUCCAAGAAGAUUUUGUCAUAAAGUAUGAUUCUCGGUCAUCUCAGUGUAACGAAAUUCUACAAUCGGAUGAUAAAGAUGAAAAAAGCAACGUCUUGUACAUAAACGGUGACGUCACGAUCACAAAAAAUCUCAAGAUCGAAGUUACUAAUCAACAAGUUCAAGAACACCGUAUCGAUCUUGGCAAUUUGGAAAAAGUUUUUAGAAGCGGUUUUGAACAAGAUUCACCUACGUUAGAUACCGGAAGUAAUACCGAAACUAAUAAUUGCCUCGAUGAUGAAGAAUACACACCUAAGAAACAAAGAAUGUCGAGAUACAAACAAGAACCUUACAAAUGUGACUUCAAUGGUUGUGGCAAAAUGUACAGAUACAUAUCCCAUUAUCGACAUCAUCAGGAUAGUCAUAAACUCGUUGGCAAUAGUGCCGUCGCUACCAAGCUCGCUAAAGCUCUCGCCAGGCCGAAACAAGGAAAAGCUACAACCGUCAGUUUUUUCUUGUGCAAAAUGCCAGGAUGUGGUGCUCAAGUGAACAACGUGACUAGUCUUUGGAAGCAUUAUCAUGAUAAUCACGCAAACUCGAAACCGUCGCUGGUGCAAACGGCAAAGGGAACUGAGAUAUUUCGAUGCAAAAUUCCAAAUUGCGACAUGGAAUUCAGUACGAGCUCGAUGAUGUACAAGCAUUUUAAUGACGUGCAUACGAGUACAGGAGGGUCUUGUAAUUCAAGCACAAAUGGAAAGACUGCAAAUGGGAGUAGCAUAAGAUUUGUUGACGAGAUGUUUCAGGAUGACGCUACCGCCCAACAAGCAAAUUUUAAGACUGACUUUAAAGCCAAGUAUAAUGUUAAUAUCGACGAGUACGUCGAGCCCGGCAACGAACAAAAAUCACUGCCGAGAAUCAAAGAAGAAUCGCGAGACUGAUUCUUUUCCUCAAAUUUCAAGUUCGAAAUUCCGAGAUAGGAAGAGGAGGGAACGGAAAAUAAAACAUUGAAAACGUUAAAAAGAGAAGCAUGACAUUGUUCCGUGCGUUUAAAGAAUAUUCGGCAGAUUUAUUAUGCCCGAAGAAAAUUGUACAAUUUUCUUGUACUAUCGUCUCACGACUGUAAUUCGAGAGAAUGUUGAAAUUUCUAAUUACUGAAAGCCGACGAAAGACCUUUCCAACUAUUUAUCGAUCUAUCAUUUCUUCACAUUCUCCAAAUUUUCUUUGCAGAUUUAGUUUUGUGGUCUCCAAGAGCUGCAAUAAAAUCAUGGCACAAAAAAAUGAUAUUCCGUAGCUUUUCAGUGUUGGAAGUUUCAAGCAUCGUUAUUCGAGCGUCUUAUUGCUCGUGGGUAAAAAAGAAGAAAAAAAGUGAAAACCGAAGAAUAUUCCGAAUUUAAAGCGUAAUCUAUAGGUAAUAAUUUUUUGAAUCGAUUGGAUCGAAAUGCUUGAUUAAGUCAAUCGCGGCAGGCAUUUUUCUCCGCUACGUGUGUGAAAAAAAGAAACUUAGUAUAAUUAAUUAGGCUUUUUGGUAUCGACUUUGAUGCCACAUAUCGCAGCUGUCUUUUGAGAAAGCGGACUCUUUCACUGCCCGUGUAAAACUUCCCCCAUCCCUUCUAAAAACAUACUGUUGCUGAAGUGUGCAGUUUCAGGAUCAUGAGAAAUAAAAUUUCAUCGAAAUCCUCCUUCAGCUUAGUCGAUCAAUUUGUUAAAAACGAUGAAUCGUGCUUAUAUUGUGGCACAUCAACUAUUUGUCGAUUUUCUCGAUCAAUACACUGUCCGAUGCAAAUAUCCAAGUGAAAAAAAAAAAACAUGAAACUUUUGAAUAAGAAUUUCUAAUAUUCCGUACUGAUUUUUACUAUUUUAUAUUAUUAUCGUAUCGUUUUUAAUGUACAGCUUUAUGAGAUGUACACCUCCAUAUAGAACUCGCAUUAGAUUACUCUAAAACUAUGAUUAUUGUAUAGGAUUUUUAUUUAAAUGGAUGUACGUUUCGAAAAUAAAGUGCAAUAGUAGAAUGA